AUGCAGAAGCACUAUAACGAGAAAGUUUCAGCUCGUUUCGGUAUGAACAACUGUAAAUCAGUUACUACACCAAUGAUCAGAGAUUCUGAACAAGGGCAGUCAGUUAAAGAGAUUGUAGACGAGAAGUCAUAUCCUUAUAGACAGGCGACAGGCUGUUGGUGCGCUUGCUUAUCUGAUGAUUGGAACGCGACCAAAUAUUGCCUACGCCAAAUCGUGCUCCAUCAUUUGCUGGAAAACAUGUCUAUUGGAAAAAUAGACGUUAUUUGGUCGCCGAUUCAGCACGAGAAGUUCAUAACAUGGGGUUCCGACAUAACCUUGUAUGAGGUAGCAAGACUCAAAGAAAUCGAGAAGAAAACAAACUUCAUCCAAAUGUCACCGGUUCGCGGCGCGACGGUGCUUUCGUCGCAGAGCGCCGGCGGCGUCCGCUGCGUGGACAUCAGCGCCAUUCCAGAACAGCCUGAUCCAUUGCUCGCACUUGGUUAUGCUAAUGGGAAAGUCGUGCUCUCCAACCUUAAACAAACUUAUGACCCCCUUGGGUUAGCUGGAAGAGAAUUUGUACUUCGCUACCCUCGAUUAUGCAAUUCAGUGGCAUGGAAUCAUGUAGAGACAAAUCUGUUGGCUGCCGGGCUAGAGAAGCACCGCAGUGACCACAGUGUGUUGAUCUGGGACGUUAACAGGGCACCUGCCCCUGUUGAAGAACAAGCAGGCUCCAGCAGCUCCCAGCCCGCAGAAUCAGUCCGCCCACAAGCGGAGAUGGGCCUCUCCGAAACCGUCCACAGUGUGUCUUGGUCCAGCUUCGCACCUCGUACACUAUUGGCUUCUACCAAUUUGAAGUUCAUUAAGAUUUUUGAUCUUCGAGACUGGGCGAACAAGGCGGUGCAGCAGGUGACGACGCGGCACUGCUACGGCGUGUGCGGCGAUCCCCACGGCGCGUGGCAGCUGGCGUCGCGCGGCGACAACGUGCUGGCCGUGUGGGACGCGCGCCGCUUCGACCGGCCCACGCUCACGCUGCCGCAGGCGCGCGCCAUCACCAAGAUACAGUGGUGUCCGACGCGUAGGAACCUAAUACUGUCCCUGCAACGAGAGUCGACGACGCUGCGACUGCACGACUUGCAACAGGCGAGCAGCGACGGCAGAAUCGCCCAGCCAGCCGAGAACGCGCAGGCGGGCGCGGAAGCGGAGGAGGAGCAGCGCGGGCCGGGUGCGCUGGAGCGCGACGUCACGCCCUUCUCCGUGGCGCCCGUCGCCACCCUCGCCUCCUUCCACUGGCACCCGUCGCACGAGGCGCGGCUGCUGGCCGUCGCUCAGACAGGUGAGUGGCCUUCGUCCGCUUCGGAUGCUCGGUUCGUUCGCGUUGUUGGCGUGCCGUCGCCACGCAGGAAACUACCUGCGCCUGAUGUAGACCGUUUUAUCUCCUAUGUGGGCCGUGCAACCGUUAGCGAGUACCCUAGCGCCGAGGACGCUACCUUGACCUACUCGUGCCGUACAACUGUUCAAAGGUUCAGAGGUCAGACGAAAUGUAGCCAAUUCAUCACAUUCCCUAGUACUAAGAGCCAUUGUUACAUUUACAUUAGGCAUGCUUUGACAAGUUCUAUUAUUCGUAACUAA